AUGAAGCCUGUUUUCGCUUUGACAGUCUGCCUCAGCGGUAUUAUGGGCGCUGAAGCCUGGGUCUUACCUCCUGGUGGUGCACCCAAGGCUGGCUAUGCUCUUCUUCCAGCGGAUAAGACUGGUGACAAGAACGCCGCCGACACCAAGAUCAAGUUUUCGCCCGCUGGUUCUUCUUCUUCCGGUACAAAGUCAAACGCUGUCGUCGCUGGCUUCAUCAACCCCAAGACCGGUGGUACAUCGCGCCGUGGUCUUGACAGGCGCGACGACGGCGAUGAUGGAGAUUCAGAAGACGGCGCUGAUGAUGGUGUUGAAGGUGAUCCCGAAGUCACCACCUUCAAUCGCCCUGCCUUUAGGAUCGGUACUCUCAAGAAGGGAGAAACCUCUGGCAGCGAUGAUGACACUGAUGAGGAUGAGACCAAGUACUUCAAGACCAACAACAAGAAGCAAAACGGCAAGAACAAGGACGACGACAAGAAUAAAACCAAGACCAAGAAAGAAGACAGCACCAAGACAAAGACAAGCGACGAUGCGAAAAAGACUAGCAAGUCGAAACACUCAGGAGAUGAUGAUAAGAAGACCACCAAGACCAAGAAGGAGGACAGCACUAAAACAAAGUCUACUGAUGAUGUGAAAAAGACUAGCAAGUCGAAGCAUUCCGGGGAUGAUGACAACAAGAAAACUACCAAGACUACGAAGGCGGGUUCUACCAAGACGAAGAGUAGUGAUGAUGCGACCAAGACGCCCAAGGUGAAGGAUGAUAAGAAGAAGGGCUCCAAGGAUGACAAGAAGGUUGACGACAAGAAGAAGUCUAAGAGCACAUAA